AGACUCCAGUUCCAGUCUUCUCGAGUAUAUCGUGGUGGUUGGCGAGUGUUGCGAUUAAUACCGACUGCACCCGCGAAUCGCAUUCCAAUCCCGGCGAUUCCCAUCUGCGUUUCCAGAAGAACUACGUUACCACACAUGGACAUGUAGCGUGUGUUGGUUAAAAAUCAUAAACGGAACCGUAUACGAAACGAUAUAAAAAAGAGAGGGAAAAUGAAAAAGAAAGAAUAAUAGAACGAUUCUGGUAAAGUAAAUGGAAAGUCGCGAGGUGUUGAAUAACCGUACAUGGGAAAUUAAAAUCAACGUAUAAAGCGUUAUAAAAGGAAGAAAAAUAAACGACGUUAAGGAUUUUGAUAAAAUUAAUCGAGAAUCGAGAGGAAUUGCGUUAUCGCUCGUGGACGUGUAGCGCGUGUUCGUUAGAAAUCGAUAUUUAAAAGGAAAAAUAGGGAAGAGUAAAAGAUAAAAGGAUUCGGCUAAAAUAAAUUCAGAACCGAGAGGUACCAUGUAUUACACAUGUAGCGUAUGUCGUUAUAAAUUGUCGUAUACGAAAGUUUGUAAAAAUUAGAAAAAUACGGAACGUCUGAGAAAAGAAGAAGAAUAAGAAGAGAUAAGAAGUAAGGUAAAUCGAAAAAUAAACGGAAUUGAAGUACGCGUCAAAAUUGUCGCGUACAAGCUCGAGAAGAGUGUGUUUAUACAGCGUCUGUCCGAUGGUCAGUAGUGCACGCGUGUUCACCGGUGUCUGUCAUCCGAUGCAGCGUGUCUUAACGAUCGAUUUUCGGGAUAAGAAAGAAAAGAGCGUGGCCUUUCCGACACUGCACGUGCGCGCCGCCUUCUCUCUCACUCUUCUGGCGGAUCCUCUUUUCACAGCAUUCGAGAGGCGUGAGUAAAACAACAGCGGCGAGCGCGUACCCUUGGACCUCCGUACACGCACGUCGGAUGCACUGGCUUCCUCGCACCUCGUCGCACUGACGCAAUUGCCCUCCCGCUGGGCGAAUCGUCGUCGAUCUCGAAAGGCCGUCGUGUCUGCGUAAAGAUCACGCACUGUUGUCCAUGAACCAGACAAGUCUUCUCCUCUGUGUUCUUCCGAGACGAGUUGAUCUUUUAGUCUACGAAGACAGAUUUGAGGAAAUUUCUUUGGAUUGCUCGAAUCUUUGGACAUCGUGAAAAAUCGUCGAUUACGUCGUAUAGAAAGAAGGAAGAUAACGUAAAGAAUCUGUGGACUAUCGAUAGAUUCUUCGAACUCUGCCAAAUUGUGUGUGAUCGAUAGAUUCUUCGAAUUCCUCGAAUCUUUGGAUUAUUGAGAAAUGAUUGUUCCGGACAAGAUAUAGUGGAGCGUCGUUCAUAAUUCCGUUUGAUCCAGAGACAUUCGACCGGCGAAAAGGUUUUACGUGUAGGACUCACCCUCCGGUCCAUGAAUCAUCAGCAUCGUGAAAAAUAAGAAAAGAGGCGGAUAUCGAUAGAUCCUCUCUUCUCGUUUCUAUCGAAAGAUAUUGCACAAUCUAAACAGAAGACGAUUAUCCAAAUUAUUGAACGAUUCUCGUAAACAAUUUACGGUGGAAAAGUCAUUCUCGGGCCCUUCUUACUUCGAGAGAAGAUCGUUCGACGGUAGAAAGUCAAUUCAUCGAUCUUCGCAACAAACUCUACGUCCAUCCUAUAGUGCAAAAUCAUUCCUUCUCCUACCCAACUAUAGAAAGUCAAAUGAUCCGUUGUGUUGGGUAAAAAGAUCGAAAUUAUCAAUGCACAGUGGAUCGCCAUUGAACAAUUCGAUCGGAUAGGAACGACCGAGAAUCGAAUAAUCGCGUACAUCAAUCUUAAGGAGGAUUUCACCGCUCGCAAAAAGUGGCGCGUAGAUCACUCCUUGAAGCGAGUUGGCCGUGGAACUCGUUUGGAGUGGAGCGCGAGCUACGCAUACCGAAAUCCUGGGGGACCAGUGACCCGUGUGCAAAGGAAAACCGGAGCCAAGACGGGAGCACCCGAGCCUGUCCGUGGCACCCAAGCCUCUCGCCACAGCACACCCAAGUCUGUCGCUGACCGCUCUGCCUACUUACGAACCUCGAGUAUGGCAUCGAUGAUUGCUUUUCGAUCCACGACACGAGAACGAGUCUCGUAGAAGGCUUCUGCUUGCUCUUCGUCCGUGUUUACAAGAGCUCACGAUCCACUAUAUACACGGCAAACUUGCCUAUGCCGCCUUUGAAUAAUUACCUGUUCGCUUUCACCUAAGAAGCGAGUCGAACUUUGCUCAGAGGGAGCCGAAGGUAUUCCAUAAUAAAUCUAAUAAUCGAGCUAACGGCCCGUAGCUGAUCGACGAGGGUGCGUCACACGAAAGGAUCGUUCGUUUGCCAAAAGGAAACGUGUCUUCGUAGUUAACAUUCCAAAGGGACCUUGAAGAGGAUCGAACAUUCGAUUUGUACGGCAGAUUGGAUUGACGUAAACUGCCGGAGGAUCGUCUUUCCAGGAUAAAGUUGUCUGAGGAUCAGACGCUGUAAAGUGGCACAGAAUUUCGCGAAGUUGAUACGCUUUCAACGAAAAUCCAGAGUACGCAGAGGAUUAUCGGGAAGUAUCGGAAAAUUGGAGACGGUGAAAGUGGUGUUGGAAUGGUUAAAAGUAUCGUGAAAGAUCGAGGAUCUUGAAAACGAGUAAUAGUGGAGAGAAUAUUGUAAGCAACGGUAGCGAGAAAGAUUCGGUGAGAAGAAUUAUGCGUAUGGAUUCUAGUGACUUGCCAUUGGAUUUUGUUUGUGAGGAUUAAAUUUCGAAUCUUAAAUAUCAAAUAGCCGGAUCUACGUAGAAUAUAAAAAUCGUGGAUCAUUCGUACGAAUUGUGAGAGUCUGCGAAUUUGUUGGUAAUUGAGUCGAAAAAUAAGAAGGCUAGAGGGUUAGAACAAGUGGAUAAACGUGACGAUGUCGUUGGUGUGAAGAAAUAUUUAACUGAUCAGCACGAUCGCGUGAUUCUCCAGCGUUUCGUUGGACCGUUUUAAAUACAAGGGAACAGCGAGGGAAAAAGCCGGCAAACUGGAUGCUCCAGACGGUGCCUCGCCUUCCGCGCCCCCGCCUGACAUUACUGUCACCCAGGAUGACCGCUUUGGUAAGCGGACGGGUGGCAGCGCCAGGAGACCCAACGAAUGCUUCGUUCUCGAGCCCUCCGAGAUGAUCGUCAUCGACUAUCCAGAAGUGCAUGGAGGAAGGAUGCAUCGACCACCGCACCCUCAUCCCAUAACCGACCAUCGACAGGUCAACUUGGUCUUCGAUGAUACGUUUUCUCAAGGCCUGACAGGCAGGCCAGAGCUGUAUCAAAAGUCCAAUAGAAGCAGCCAUUCGAGUGACACAAGCUCAGCAUACAGUGGUUCAGACACCAUGACAUCUGUACAAGGUUCAUUAGAUGCAGAUGCAGACGAUGUUGAUCUUUCAGGUCUUGUUGAAUCUAUAGUAGACAGUGAUGAAGAGGAAGAUCUUGCAGAAAGCAUGGAUAGCUUAACUGUCCGUGAUCCAGUCAGAGAAUGUUUAGAAAAAGAUCCUAUGGAAAGGACAGAAGAUGAUAUAGAAACGCUCUUAGAAUUCACACAACAACUAAAGGCUUUCACAAAUAUGACCUUGGCAGUAAGAAGGGCGCUGUGCGCUGUGAUGGUGUUUGCAGUGGUUGAACGUGCUGGUAUGAUAGUUUUGAAUGAUGGAGAAGAAUUAGAUAGUUGGAGUGUGCUCAUAAAUGGUGCUGUGGAAAUUGAGCAUAGCAAUGGAGAAAUCGAACAGCUGCACCUUGGUGACAGUUUUGGAAUCCUGCCCACUAUGGAAAGACUUUUGCAUAGAGGUGUAAUGAGGACAAAAUGUGAUGAUUGCCAAUUUGUAUGUGUUACUCAGGCAGAUUAUUUUAGAAUUCAACAUCAAGGAGAAGAAAAUACGAGGCGGCAUGAAGAGAAUGGGAGAGUGAUUCUAGUAACAGAAUUAAGGGGUGCUUUAGAUGGCGGAGCACGCAGAGGUCAUGUAGUUAUCCGCGGAACUCCUGAACGUUUAAUGUUACAACUUAUCGAAGAAAACAGUAUUACCGAUCCCACUUAUAUAGAAGAUUUCUUAUUAACGCAUCGAACAUUUAUCGAUAGUCCUUUAUUAGUUGCGAGUCAAUUGUUAGAAUGGUUUGAUCAAGCACAAGUCAGAGAUAGAGUUGCCCGUGUCGUACUUCUUUGGGUAAAUAAUCAUUUUACUGAUUUUGAAACUGAUCCCGCCAUGAUGGAAUUUUUGGAAGCAUUUGAAGCCGGUUUAGAAAGAGAAAAAAUGCUAGGGCAACAAAGAUUAUUAAACAUUGCGUGUGCAGCAAAAGCAAGAACGCGGAAUGUAACAUUAGCAAGGCCUACAAGGGACGAAGUCUUGCAUUUUAGUAUUUUGGGCGGAUAUGAAAGAGGUUUCGGCAUUUUUAUUUCAAAAGUGGAUAAAAAGUCAAAGGCUGAAGAUGUUGGCUUGAAACGUGGUGAUCAGAUUUUAGAAGUAAAUGGACAGAGUUUUGAGCACGUGAGUCACGCCAGGGCUCUUGAAAUCUUAAGGGGAUCUACUCAUCUUAGUAUAACUGUUAAAUCAAACUUACUUGCGUUUAAAGAAAUGCUUCAGAUGCCAGAUGACUCGCCGAGGCCGCGGGGAAGAGCAAACAAACCUGAAAUUUCAAGAAUACAAACAGAUCCACGUGCAAGGUUGUCCACGCACGUGGACCCGAUAACUCCAGGAAAUCCACUAAAUCCUUUAGUAGGCGGUGUUCCACUGUUAAUACCUGAUUCUAAUGUUUCUCCUUGUAAAGAUGCUAAAAAAGAGCAUAAAGGAUUUAUGACGCUUGGACCGAAAAAGAGAUUUCAAAAAGCUCUUAUAAAAAUGAAUAUACUGCCAAAGAAUACUAUUAAGAGUGAUUCAUUUUACAGUGAUGGUGUACAUGUAGACGAUCCUCUCGCACCCCCUCAUACACCACCGGGAACAGGACUUUCACAAACUACUAACCUUUAUCAUUCGAAAAGUAAUCCUGACCUUACGUCGUUAUAUUGUUAUGACGACUUAAGGGCGCCUGAUUAUCCAGAACACGUUUUGAAGGUUUACAAAGCCGAUCAAACUUGUAAAUAUCUUCUUAUUCACAAGGAAACAACGGCACACGAGGUGGUAAUGCUAGCUCUCCAAGAAUUUGGUAUAACCGCUGCCGAAGGCAGUUCGAAUUUCUCCUUAGCUGAAGUUAGCGUUGGAGAAGGAGGAAUGAUUAAACAACGUAGAUUACCCGAUCAGUUGCAAAAUCUUGCUGAAAGAAUUGGCUUAAGUUCAAGGUAUUAUUUAAAAACUAACGGUAUCUCGGAGACGUUCGUAGCAGAUGAACAAGCGCCAGAACUUAUACGCGAAUCUCAGGUUCACUUCUUACAAUUAAAUGCCGUUGAAGUUGCAAUUCAAUUGACUUUACAAGAUUUCAGUAUAUUCAGGCAAAUAGAAUCUACGGAAUACGUGGAUGAUUUAUUCGAAUUGAAGAGUAGAUAUGGAGUGCCUAUGCUCAGGCAGUUUGCAGAACUAGUCAACAGAGAAAUGUUUUGGGUUGUGACAGAAGUUUGUUCUGAACACAAUCUUGUUCGACGUAGUAAAAUAAUAAAACAAUUUAUAAAAAUAGCCCGACAAUGUAAAGAAUGCAAAAAUUUCAAUUCCAUGUUUGCGAUUGUGUCUGGCUUGGGUCAUGGGGCUGUCUCAAGAUUAAGAGCUUCUUGGGAGAAACUGCCAAGUAAAUAUCAAAGGCUAUUUAGUGACCUACAAGAAUUAAUGGACCCGAGCCGUAACAUGAGCAAAUACCGACAAUUAGUAGCAUCUGAACAAACGCAACCUCCUAUAAUUCCAUUUUAUCCAGUAGUAAAGAAGGAUUUAACAUUCAUACACCUUGGCAACGAUUCCAGAGUGGAAGGUUUGGUAAAUUUCGAAAAGUUGAGGAUGAUAGCGAAAGAAGUGAGAACGUUAACGAACAUGUGUUCUUCACCCUACGAUCUAUCAAUAAUGUUAGAAAGAGGUGGCCAGCCACCGAGUUCUGCCAUGGUUGCAUUAAAUCAAAUGACUACUGGAAAUCAAGUGUUGCAAUGUCCAGGAGGACAAACGGCAACAGUAAAAAGGCGGAAAAAGUCUACCGCUGCACCAAACCCGAAGAAAAUGUUCGAAGAGGCUCAAAUGGUUCGAAGAGUGAAAGCGUACCUUGCCAACAUGAAAGUAAUAACUGACGAGGAACGAUUACAUGCUUUGUCUGUGGAAUGCGAACCUCAUGCAGGAACUGCCGCAGUAGCCGCAGCGGUACCUCUCAGUGCAAGCAGAGGAAGAAGGCAUCCUUCGCCUACUUUGUCAACUACAAGUAGUGCUAGCAGCACUAGUGAAGGUAGAAAGAGUAUACAAGGUACAAAGUUUGGAGCUGCAUCGCCACAAGCAGUACGGAAAAUGUUAGCACUUUCCGAUCCUCACAAAACUCGUCCGUAUCAACCGAAACAUUGCCCACCAGCACUCCCAGUGCCUGGAUUGGCAUUGCAUUCCAGCGGAUUGGAGCCUAGUCCCGGUGCACCUAGGAGAGUAGGAUCUGGUAGCCGAGUUCCUAUGCAUGAGAGAUCCCAUAGCGAUACUCCUUCCAGUUUACCACCACCUGUCGAUCUCAGUGCUGAAAGUAGUAGCGUAACCAGCUUGAGCAAUCUUCAGCCGUUAAGAAAAACGUUGACCAGUGGUUCGGUGACGAGCAGUGACAGUGGUCACAGUACACAGCUGGACAGCCACAGCGGAAGCAGCGUAGAAGCUGGUGGUAGUCCACCGCCACCUCAAAGACGGCACUCCGCCAUGCAAGGUACUACGGGAUUAGGAGUAGCCGUGGGUCUUGGAGUACCGGCGGCGCUUCCCCCUCCAGGAGCUGGAACGACGAUUAUGACGACCAUGACGACCAUGACUACCAUGACGUCGAUGGCGACGAUGCGUCCAGGAAUUGGUAGUACACAGUGCCGUCAACCGCCUGCUUACAAAGUUGCAGCGCAGAUGGCAAGGUUGCACAGGCUUGGCCGUGCUCACAGCCACGAGGGCGUUACCUACAGGAACGACCAUGAAGAUGACGACGAAGACGCACAAGUAUCAGCGGUUUAAGAUGGUCCACGACGCCUGUAAAGAGUUCUCGGUCAUCAUUAUGCUUCAGUUCCUCAACAGAUUGUCAUUUCCCGCGACCAGAAGAGGAACAAUUUCGUCGUCAAUUUACGUGCCACGUGUUAAACGAUUCCCCAUAAAGAAAGGAAUCCGAAACAAUUUCUCAAACUUUGCAUCCGCUUUCAAAGUCUCUCUGAAUAUAUAAGACAAGAAAUUUUUGAAGAAUUUGUUCCAAUAACAACGGGGUGCAUAGACGAAAAAUGAAACUGAUCGACAAACACGCACAGUGCUUUCGAUUCAGAUAUUUCGAGAGCCUUCACACCAGUUUAAGGAAAUACUUUGGAGAAGAACGCGCAUCGAGAAAGGGGAAGAAGCGCUAGUCUUCCAGAAUUAUUAAGAAAAGGAAAAGGAAAAUAACGAGAUACAAAAAGAAGAGAAGUUGAGAAUCUCACGAGCUGCGCCCGUCAGGAUAUUACGAGAGCACCAAUCAUGAAAGAAAGGACAUAUAUAUAUAUAUAUAUAUACAUGUUACAUAUAUAUAUAUAUAUAUAUAUGUCAGAGGAUAUAUGAAACAUGUAUUACAAGAUCAAAGACAAGAAAAGACAAAACGAAUAACGACAUAGAAUACGUUUGUAUCAGACUGAUGAUAUGUUGUCCGAUACAAAGGUGCCACGUCGAGUUUCACGCAGCGGCUACUCAGAGAGAGAAAGAGAGACUAGGCGCGAGAAAUUACGGUCAUAAGUAAUAAUUCUCUAUAAAUGUGUAAUAAAUCGAGUCCAAAGAUGUUAUAUAUACCGCGUAAUCGUCGCAGGGAGUACGAAUGACGGCGUGUCCUGUAUUAUAUUACUUUUUAGGCUAACCCCCGAACGCCCAGAGUAGCUUAAGUAUACGUCUUUUGGUGUACAUAGCGUGUAGCGUUUAAUGUAGCAUAUAAUUCAGCAAGAAUGACGUAUGCGUGAAUGUGUUUAUUGCAUGUACGCGUGUUUGGCCGAGAGAUAAGAAGUUCAGUGUGCAAAAAAGCGAAUCAAAUCAGAUACAUAUGCAAAUUUAACGUUUGCCGUUUUCUUUUAUAUAUAUAUAUAUUUUUUUUUUUUUAACAUACCCUUCUUCGAUGUUUAUCGAAUGUGGUUUCGAUUGUAUCGUAUGCAGUCUCUAUCGAUGCUCAGAUUUUUAGAAUUUCGAUAAUUUCAAGCUACGUAUUAUUUGUGUUUUUACAUUUUUUUUACAGGCAGAUAAUUGUGACAAGCUUUCGAGUAAUCAUUCAUUUUUAUUUUUUCGCUUGUUGUAUACAGUAUGAAUGUUAUUCGCGUGUCACGAAAGCAGAAAUUUAUCGUAUCGAUGGCGUUUAAGGGGAGACCUGAUUUUACGGCUUCGAUGUGUAUGUGUACGGAGUUUUAUCGUUGACGCGAUCAUAAGUACAAAGUAUUUUUCGAGGGACUAACGAGAAAAAGUGAGUCUGUUGCGAGAGGGUGUGUUGUACGAAGAUGUAUAUGUGUAUCGUUCCUGGGCUUUUGAAAUUCAUUUUUAAAGCGUUUAUCCGUGAUGUACGAGUAUGCUUAUAGCGCUCGUAGCAUUGUUCCAGCGUUUAAUAUUAUCUAGCGCGAAUGCUGUUUCAAUAGGAACGCGAGAAAGAAAGAAGAAUCAAUCGAGAGUAAAAAUUAAAAGUAAAAAGAUCGUGCUUGAGGAGUUUGGGUGAUAGAAAGGGAGAGAAAGCGAGAGAGCGAAUGCGAGUUUGAACAAAAGAAAGAGAGGAAACAAAUAUAACAACAAGGUAUUAAGCGUUUCAGGAAGGAAAUUGAGAGAGGAUAUAAUAAUCGAUAUGCAUCGCGUAUGCUCAACUUAUUUUUACCGAGGUAAUUAAUUAUUAAUCGAAAACGAUUUUUAGAUCUGCUGUAACUUAUAUUUCUCGACCUUCUCAAAUUCGAUCUAUCGUUAUCGAAGAAUAAUAUUACGGAGCACCGAAGCGCAUUCGUCGAUAACUAAUAUUUUCCGAAAUUUUAUCAGUAUCACGGUACUUUUAGUUUUAUAUAUAAAGAAACAAAUAUAUAUUAUAAAUAUAUAAAUAUAUCUAUAUGUAUAAUCCGCGCCGUGCGAGAAGAGCAUAUUAAAACGAAAGAGAACGAAGCAGCAAGACCGCCUCUUUCAAAGCAUCUGUCUCAUGGGAAGAGAGAAGAAAUAGAUUCCCAAAAGCGAAAGAGAAGACCGCUAAAAGAUAAAUAUCAUCGCGUAUCUCGUCGACAGGUCGAGACUAAUAAUUGUUAUAUCGAUAAUUCGCCAAGACAACUAAAUAUUCGAGCUAAAACACCAGUGAUUUGUGCAAACAAAAAAUUCUGCGAUCUAAAAAAUUCGUUCUCGCGCAAGGCUCGAGAACUAUCUAUGUCGAUGAUAUCGAACAUACGAAAACGCGGUUGUAUUAGGGCAGAGAGGGCCUAAUUUCGAAGGCAUCUCCUUUCGCGAUGAACGAUCUGCCAAAAUGCGCGUGCAAAACGAGCAGCAGUCUCGAGGAUUAACACGGUGCUUCCCUUUUUCUUUUCUCUCUAUUGAGCCCUGAAACGCUCGAAAUUCUUGGAAAAAUUCUUGAAAAAAGCUAAUUCUUGAGGCUUUCGAGCGUGUCGUAUAUCGACAUUCCACAUUGUUGCGUCCCAUCGUGAAUCGUACUCCACACAAAUACUUCCCAUACGCGACAGAUUAUUCUCAAUGUGUUAAUAUUGACCAGACCUGUUUUGGAAAACACGAAAGACACUAGCAGAUUGUUGAACACCGUGCUGAUCCUCGCCACGUUCGAUCCGCGCGAACAAAUCAGGUCGAACCAUAGGACGAUCGAUAAAUCCAUUAGUCACUGGGUUUCGCGCGGAUCCUGCGGCAACGGCGACAUUUACUGCUUAUUCAUAUUAAUAUCUCUUUGUACAUAUCCUUUAAUGACUUUUAAAUAUUAUUAAUUAAUCGAAUGUUCUCGAAGGAAAUGUUUGAUAAUGGCGAGCGUUGUGUCCAGCAGCAUUUAAAAUAUCAAUCAGAAGGUUCUUCGUAACUCGAGUGUAGAAGGAACAAACGAACGAAACAGGCAGGAAAACGAUGUUAUUUCCGUUCCCUUUUCUUUUUCAUCCGAGCUUUUUAUCGCAAGAUCGAUCAUCUUUUGUGUUUUGUUUUACAAACUUUUCCCCGAAACAAUCUUCCUGCUCGUGAAUUUUCCUUUUCUCUGUUCGUUUUUCUUUUUGCAUCUUUGGCGGUUCAAGGAUACGCGGUUCAUUCCAAGGAGCAUUUACGCCUCACCGAUUAUUUCAAUUUUCGCGAUUUCGUCGCUCUUUAUGAAUUUUUCAAUUUGCGCUUCAUUUCCCUGCGAAAUUCAAAUUUAACAAAUCGACGAAUGAAAUCGGCAAAUUACUAAUGACGUUUGUCAUAUAACGUAACGUAAUUCGUAACGUAAUUCGUAAAAAAUAACGUAAUUAAAAUAGCAUUUUUAUUAAAUUUGAAAAUGAAUUGAACUUCGUGGCUUGAAAUGGAAGCGAGAUAAGCGAAAAAGUUGUAAGAAAUGAGCGAAAUCGUACGAAUGAGAGUAAUACGAUGAGCCACAGGCGAUUAUUAAGUUUUCACUAGUCUUGAAUUGCCGAAGCUCGAGUUCUCCUUCUUCCUUUAAUUUUAAACGAAGCGAUCCACCUUGUCGUAGAGUUUGUGUAAUGCGCGCGUGCAAGUAUGUUUAUGGAGAAAGAAAGAGAGAGAGAGCGAGAAAGAGUGUCAGAACAUGUAGAAAAAGCCUUUAAACUGUCUUCUUCCACGAGCUCCGCCCUCCUUUUACCCCUCGAUGACUUCUUUUACUUUUUAUUUAAUGCCCCUUGCCCUCCCCCGUUCUCUUCUGUUGUUUUUAAUUAUUUAUAUUAACUCGAGAAUGGAGCGACUGCGCGUCGCGGUCGGCAGUACGAGCAACGAGGAAAACAGAGAAAAAAGAUGCGACCUUUUGUAUUUAAUUUGUUUAAUAAAAAAAUCAUGGAUCAUAGUACAACAGCUCCGAGUGCGUUUUUGGUUUCGUGGAUGGAAAUCAAAGUUCUUUCCUCGUUUAUUUCUUUUCGUCUUCAUUUUUCAAUCCGAACACGCGUCGAAACGCCUUUAAUCCUUCAUUUAGUCCUCUGAUCCGUUGUUUAGUUCCUCGCGGUGAAUAUAACCGAGAAUAAAACGAAAACUAACCUUUAGAAGCUGUUGUUUAAGAAAAUCACGUUAAUACUAUCGUGAAUGAAAUUUCACUCCUGGCUCGGUACAUUUUUGGUUAUUUUAAGAAAUGACAAAGUCAAGUAAAUGCAAUUGACGGAGUCGCAGCAAUAAUUUAAAUUGUAUUUGUUGGAAGAGAGAGUAAACUAUAGGUUUCAUAUUCGAGUGUCUCUCAUAUUUAGAAAUACAAAAGUUUAUACUAGGAAUAUUAGUCGAUUGUGAAUUUAUAGCGCGUUUCAAAAAAUUAGUUUCUGUUGGUUUACUCAAAUUACUGGAAAAUGGAGCUGCCUCCUUAUUGCAACAGUCUCAGCGUUAUCUUUAUUGUAUGAAAUAAAAAAGUAGAAAAUUUAUCGUUUGUAAUUAUUAAUAUGAGUCAAAACUCUGAGUAACGUUGAAUAUAACGUACGAUUAAUAUAUUACGAAGAAACAAAGUUUAUACACGAAGUGAAAUUUCGAUCAUGGGAAUUAAAAAUGGGAUAAAACAAGUACGAAGGAAACGGUAGAGAAAUAAUAAGUGAACAACUAAAUUAAAAGAGAAAAAGAGCGAAAAGGAAAGGAAAAAAUUAGAAGAGCAAAAGAAAGAAAAUUGAUGUAGAAAAAUGAGAAAAGUCUUUUGUCAUCGAAUGGCUCAUCUAAUAUGGCUUUUUGUAGAUAAGAAGAGGCCAAUGAAACCGUGAAAUAAGAGGCCGUGAAACGCGCCAAUCCUUCCGCGAUUUUUCACUUGUUUUCCUCUUUCGACCGAUCUCUGUGUACGGUAUAUAUUUAUUGACGAAAACGACCGUGCAAAAUCGAGAGAAAGCAUCGAAUUUUUCCAUGAACGCCACUGAGUUUCGGUUUAGAAGCUUAUUUCGACGUGAACGAGAGGAUGUUGAACCAAAUUUCCACGAUGUACGGUCGAGACACACGCGCAACUAGCGAGGCGAUGACCACUGUAAUUGUUUCGAUUCUUUGCUCUAUAAGGUGAAAGCGUUUUAACUCUUUAUUUGGCGACUGAUUGAAACGAUCGAGAAUAAUUUGAUUAAUUAUCAGACAAAUUGCUUAACAAAGUUUAUUGUUUGUUUUAUAUUUGACACUAUUUUAAAAAUAAAAUAUGAUUUCUCAAUGUCCAGUUAAAAAGAGUUUUUGUUUAUUUUAUUGAUAUUUAGUAGUUUCUUGAUAUCAGGCUGAGACAGCAAUUUAAUUAAGCCUUUAUCAAACUUCUUAUUUAUAUAUUUGGGUAUCAUUUUGUAUGCUUAUUGUUGGAACAAUGUGGAUGUACAUUUUUAUGGACAUACAUUUUUUUAAGGAAAUCACUGAAUCAAAAUGGAAACUCCUUUCAUUUAUCAGAUAUCAUAAUGGGUAUUUUACUUCAAAUAUUUUAUAUAUUUUUUCAGAAAUACAUCAAUAUUCGUUAUCUAGAUACAUUGUUAUUUUGCUAUCAUUGAGUCGUCGUUGUAUAAUUCAUUUAUGGUAAUUCUUAAUUUCUUCGUUAAAAUGGAGAGGCAAAGAAAAAAUGAGACUUUUGAGUUGAUUUUGGAGAGACUAUUAGAAUUCAUAUAUUCAUUAUCGUAUGUAGUUUCUAAUUGAAAGUAAAAAAAAAGGUGAAGAAAAACGGGGUACAAAAUUACGAUUUAUUAUAGCUCUUUGAGUAUUGCACUUCUUACGAAAUAUAUCUAAAAUUCAUAAACUAAGGAAGAAAAGUUGUGUAUUUUUAUUAGAAAGAGAAACGAAUCAAGAAAAAAUGGAACGGUGGCCAAAUAAAGAGUUAGAAGAUCGUAUUUUUAUAAGGUUUGUUACGAAAUAGAACAAUAAGCUGGAAAUAUCGAAGGUAAAUGAGAGGGCACCGUAUAUAAAAGGAGAAUCCGUGGGAACGAAACUGGUGGUGAUACUACUGCUACUAUUUUGUACGAUAUAAUGUUUUUGUAUAUCUGUCUACCGUAUGUAUAAGAACGAAGUCUAUCGAUUAUUAAAAUAGAUGGUUCAAAUUGUAUCGAACACGUAUUAAACGAUUUGUAGCGUGAUGGACACAAAACUCCGGCUGUAUUUACGAUGAGUCACACAUAGAUGUUGUUCCCAUUAAUGUACACCUGUAAAAUCCCUAUCGAACAAUAUACGAGCUACUAAAGGA